AUUAGAGAACACAGGGCAACAACAUAAGCAAAAUUAUUAGUACCAUGUUUAGGGUGAAUGGAUGUAAAAAAUAAGAGAGCGAGACUGAGAGACUCUAUGAGGUUUCAGUGAAGAUAACAAAGAAACAAAGCGCCGAUUUCUUUUUUUGAUUUCUUGGCCUCUCAAAAGAUUACACCCAUCACUCUUUUUUUUUUUUUUUUCCUUUCAAAUUUCUUAGUCUUCACCACAGAUUUUGAGGCUGCUCCUUUCUGAUAUGGUAAUCUGAGAGGAAAUCCAUUGAUUUCACAGUUAUCUCCUCAGAUCUUGAGGGAUGGAAAAGCAAGGGAAUAGCAGUAAAAGUAGAGAGUCAGAGUUUGUGCUGCAAUGGGGGAACAAGAAGAGGCUUAGAUGUCAGAAGGUGAAGGUCAAGAAAGAACGAAGCUUUGACAGCAACCCCAAAUCCAGGAAAAUCAAAGACUCUCCCUCUCCGCUACCACAGCGCAUCAACAACAGGAGCUCAGCGUCUCCAAUGAAUAGUAGAAAGUUAUUUAUCACAUCGCCGGAGAAGGAAGAUCGGUAUUACACAACUAGGGGUUCCUUAGGUUUAGAUGAUAAUGGUAAGAUGUUAGGAUUAGAUCAUCAUGGUCAUGCAGUGGAGGAUAAAGGAAGCAAUGUUUGGCCAAAAUUGUUCCUAUCAUUGUCUAGUAAAGAAAAGGAAGAGGAUUUCAUGGCAAUGAAAGGGUGUAAGUUACCUCAAAGGCCCAAGAAAAGAGGAAAGUUGCUUCAAAAAAGCCUACAUUUGGUAAUGCCAGGUGUAUGGUUAUCAGAUUUGUGCCGAGAGAGGUAUGAAGUGAGGGAGAAGAAGACUUCAAAAAAGAGAGCCAGGGGAUUGAAGGCUAUGGGAAGUUUGGAUAGUGAUUCAGAUUGAGAGAUGGACAAAUUGCAAUAGAGGAUACAGCUUUUUGAGAUUAGUUUUUUUUUUUUUGAUUGAGAUUAGUUAGGACUGUUAGCCAGUAGGCAACCAAGGGACACUGAUCAAAGCCGGCAAAAAUACAAUGAAACAAAUGGUGUGAUCUAAUCUUCCCUUGGUUGUCUAGAAAUUUCUCUGGCAUUUUUUACGUUGGACAAUAAAUUUCAGUAUCUAUCUCGGUUCCUUUUGUUUGAUCAAA